UACUAUAUACUCUCUAUCUACUCUUCCUAGGGUUUCCUUCUUUAUACAUCUUUCUUUAUAUGUAACCUCUUGUGUUACUUUUUUUAGCCUAUAUAUCUCUUUGUUUAUUUUGAUUAUUCCUUCUUUCUCAUCAGAACAACAAGAACAAUUGGUGGUAGCUAGGUUAAACAAAAAAAAAAUCAUUCAUCAUCAUGGGAAGGGGUAGGGUUCAGCUGAAACGGAUCGAGAACAAAACAAGCCAACAAGUAACUUUUUUCAAAAGAAGAACUGGACUUCUCAAGAAAGCUAAUGAAAUUUCUGUUCUUUGUGAUGCUCAAGUUGCUUUGAUUAUGUUCUCUACCAAAGGAAAACUUUUUGAGUAUUCCUCUGCACCAAGUAUGGAAGACAUUUUGGAGCGAUAUGAGAGACAAAAUCAUACAGAACUUACUGGAGCUACCAAUGAAACACAGGGAAAUUGGUCUUUUGAAUACAUGAAGCUCACUGCUAAAGUUCAAGUCUUGGAGAGGAACUUAAGGAACUUUGUGGGAAAUGAUCUGGACCCUUUGAGUGUGAAAGAGCUGCAGAGUUUGGAGCAACAGCUUGACACUUCGCUAAAGCGAAUCCGAACAAGAAAGAACCAAGUUAUGAAUCAAUCCAUCUCAGAGCUGCAUAAAAGGGCAAGGACAUUGCAGGAGCAAAACAACAAGCUAGCAAAGACAAAGGAGAAAGAGAAGACAGUGAGUGAACAUCCACAAAGAUGCCUAGAAACCAUAGGCAUAGGGCAAUGUUCAUCCACCCUCAACUUAAUUUGUCAGCCAGAGGUGCUACCACCACCACAAAGACUGGUUCCUUCUCUAAAUCUCAGUGGGACUUUACAAGCAAGAGGAUCAUUGGAAUUUGAAGAAGCAGGUGAAGCUCAAACUGUUCCUAGAAGCAAUCAUAGUCUCAUACCACCAUGGAUGCUCCAUCAUCUCACCAACUAGAUUGACAUCUAUGUAUUUAUGUAUGUAUGUGAAAGACAUAUUUUAUUAUUAUUAUUAUUAUUAUUAUUAUUAUUAUUAAAUCUGUAUGAUGAAUGUGUAAGUAAGCCUUAUAUUAAGGCAUCAACUCUUCUGUUAUAUAAGGGCCCUGCCCUGCUCUUCAUAUUUCAAAUCAAUGAGAAUGCAGUCUUUCCUA